AUGUUAGCCCACAACGUCUUGACCCUUGCCCUGCUGGUGCCGGCAGUGGCCUCGUCCGUCAUUCACCCUACCCGUCGUCAGUCAAGUCUCGACAGUUUUAUACAGUCGGAGUCUACCGUUGCCCUUCAGGGCGUGCUCAAUAACAUCGGUGCCGACGGGUCGAGUGUGCCCGGUGCCUCUGCUGGUGUCGUUGUAGCAUCACCAUCCAAAUCGAACCCCGACUACUUCUAUAGCUGGACACGCGAUGCAGCUUUGACGAUCGCCAUGGUCAUUGAACGCUUCAUGGCAGGAGAUGUGUCUUUGGAAACCGUCAUCCAACAAUACAUUACCGCCCAGGCGAAAGUGCAGACCAUCACGAGCCCAUCGGGUGGUCUAUCAAAUGGCGCAGGCCUUGGAGAGCCCAAGUACAACGUCAACUUGACAGCCUUCACUGGUGACUGGGGACGCCCUCAACGUGAUGGCCCGGCUCUACGCGCGACGGCACUCAUCGCCUAUGGCAACAAUUUGCUCAGCACCGGCAAGCAGUCUGUCGUCAAGACAAACAUUUGGCCGAUCGUGCAAAACGACCUGAAUUAUGUUGCUCAGUACUGGAACCAGACCGGCUUCGAUUUGUGGGAGGAAGUUAAGGGAUCCUCGUUCUUCACAGUUGCCGCCCAGCACCGCGCCUUGGUUGAAGGGAGUGCCUUUGCCAAAUCUCUGGGACAGUCGUGCGAUAUUUGUGACUCGCAAGCUCCGCAGGUUCUGUGCUUCCUCCAAGAUUUCUGGAAUGGCACAUCCGUGAUCUCCGAUCUGGCUAACGAUGGUCGCUCCGGCUUGGAUGCAAACUCGGUGCUUAGCUCCAUUCAGACAUUCGACCCGAAUUCGUCUUGCGAUGACACCACUUUCCAGCCAUGUUCCGCCCGUGCGCUGUCCAAUCACAAAUUAUACGUAGAUUCCUUCCGGUCAAUUUAUGACUUGAACAGUGGCAAAAAGUCUGGCGAGGCCGUUGCUGUUGGGCGCUACCCCGAAGAUGUCUAUCAGGGCGGUAACCCAUGGUACUUGACAACGCUUGCCGCGGCUGAACAGCUUUAUGAUGCUCUUUAUCAGUGGAAGAAACAGGGUUCGCUUGCCAUCACCCAGACGAGCCUUCCAUUCUUCCAGGAUCUGGACUCUUCCGCUGCUCCCGGGAACUAUUCCAGCUCCUCAUCGAUGUAUUCUUCAGUCACAAGCGCGGUCAAGAACUACGCAGAUGGGUUUUACUCUAUCGUCCAGCAAUAUACGCCGAGCAAUGGGUCUCUGGCAGAGCAAUUUACACGGAACAACGGCACGCCCAUCUCCGCCCGUGAUCUCACAUGGUCCUAUGCUGCUUUCCUCACUGCCGCAUCUCGCAGAAGCGGUGCUGUUCCACGCAGCUGGGGUGCGUCCAAAGCCAAUCAGGUGCCAUCUCAGUGCCAGGGAGGCUUUGCUACUGGGACUUACGCAACCCCAACAGUUUCGUCGUGGUAA